AUGUCUGAAGGACAGGCUACCUUCAAAUUUGAUGAGGCCACUCAGAGAGAGCUGGGCGAUUUCCUCCAGGCCCAGGAGGCUCAGGCGAAGGUGCAGGCGAGCAUACACAACUUCACCAGCAUGUGCUGGGACAAGUGCGUAACUGGCACGCCGUCUACCAGCUUCUCACGAAGCGAGAGGAGUUGCCUCGAGAACUGCGUCGACCGUUUCCUCGACACAAGCAUGUUCAUGGUACGGAAGGUUGAAUCACAGCGACCAGGUGGAAGCCUUUCAUAG